AUGGACGUCGGCCUCGUCGGCCUAUCCCUCGAGAACGAAAGUGUGGCCGGAAUUCUUGGAGAGACUGCCCGCCCAAAUAAUGACAAGGAUGGAAGAGCCGUGACGAAGGGGGAUGACGCGUUCCGCGGAACUGCCGAGGACUACCGUGUGUCGGGUGCCCUGGGCGGGGACUUUGCCCUCCUUCACCACGAGUGA